ACUGUUAGUCAAAUCAUUUCAAAGACGCUAGAACAGCUCGAAAAAGUUAUUGCAGAUGAAAAUAUCAACUGUCUUGAUUAUGAACGAUUUACAGAAUGUAAAAAGAUUGGUUCUGGUAGUUUUGGAGAGGGAGCACAACAAAAUGACUUGGAAAAUAGUUGGGGAGAAAUGUUGGCCCAAAUAGGUGAAUUAAAAAAACCAGUACUUAGUCGAUCUGAUGAAAUGGAAAUGGAUUAUGAAAAAAGAGAAGGCGAUGUUGAAAAAGUGGUUAUUGAUUUUUUGACUUCAAAGGAUAAACUUACUUCUGUUGAUAAGCUGAUUCUAGAGACUGAAGCAAAUGAAUUUUUGAUUCUUAAAGAAAUAACAUUGCUAAUUAAUAAAGUUAAUAGUUUUUUUAAACCAGAGAAUCAAUUAACUUUGGAGGAUAUAGAUAUCUUAAAUGCUGCAGCUAAUGAAUUUUUGAUUUUAAAGGACAAGAAAACUUCGAAUCUUCUGGAGAUGGUGUUAAAUGAAUUUUUAUCGUCACCAGAAGAAAAACUAUUAAAAAACAUAUUUUGUAAUUUGUUGGAAAGCUUAUUUGUCUUCGAAAACAAACUAUCCUUAAAAAGUAAGAGUAACCUAGAUUUAGCACGUCAAAUAACUUUAGAAGAUGCAGAAGCUUUAAAAAAAGCCUCAAAAGACAAAAAGGAUUUGAAACAAGCUGUCAAUGAAUUUCUGACUUUAAAAGCUAAAGAAGUUUUGGAAACGGCAGUAAAUAACUUGAAAUAUAAAAAAGUACUAUUGUUAUUAGGUAGUGAAGGCACAGAAAAACUGACAUUUAAUUGCUAUCUCGCUCAUUGUCUAUGGGAUAAAGUUGAAAAGGACUUGAUACAACUCAUUCCUUUAUUUAUUGCAUUAGCACCACUAAAGGAGUUUAUAAAUAAAGAUCAGGAUUUUAUUGAAGUCUAUUUACAAGAAAAGAGAAAACUAUCUGAAGACCAAAUUAAAGAAUUACGGAAUAGGAAGUUUAAAAAUGCGAAAAUUAUCAUCAGUUGUCAACCAGAAUACUUAGAUAUAGGCUAUGGAGAAAGAUUCUGGCCUAAAGAAAACGGAAAAAGAGGGUUCCAGGAAUUGACAUUUACACCAUUUUCCGAUGCUGAAAUAAAAAAAUAUAUUAUAAAAUAUUUUAACUAUUCCCAGAAGGGAGUUAAUCCAUUACCAUGGAACGCAGACACAUAUAUAAAGCAAAUAGAAGAUAUACUACAAGUAAAAGAUCUUGUGUAUAAUCUUAUUUUAUUAAAAAUUAGUAUGACUGUUUUACCAGGCCUUCUCAAAGAAAUAGGAACAACAUCUCAAAUAAAUGAAGAACAGAAAAGUUUUGAUAAUUUAAAUAAAGAAGGUUUUACUAAUCAUUGUUUACAAUUUGGUAAAAAGUUUGCUUUCGAGAUGUUUGUGGAUAAUAACAAAGUAGUUGUAAAUUAUGAUCAAGAAACGCAAAUGAAAAAAUGUCGCUUGAUGCAUUUUAGCAUGCCAUUAUUUCAGCGCGGAAAUCAAUAUUGGUUCUUCCAUAAAUCAUUACGAGAUUACUUAAUCGCUUGCACAUUGCUAGAUUCAUUUAAGGAUACAUCACAGGAAAUCUUUUCAACAAGUGGUCAAUUAUACCAAAACCUGCAAUUCAACAAUUUCUGGCUGAACGAAUUCAACAAAUACCAGAGUGCAUACAACCGUUAUUAA